CUGGGCCCGACACACCGGGGCCCUGCAGUUCUAGCCAUCCCUGGCUUGACCUGAUGGUGUCACCUCCCAGCCCUCCUAGCGACGCCUGUCACCCAUCUUCUCUUGUAGCAGAAAUAGCAUUUUCCUUUGUGUGCAAAAAACUGCAGGGGUAUUUAAAACUCUGUUUUCUCUAAGCAGAAAACCAGCACCUACAUCUCUAACCUUUCCGUGGCCUCAAGGGAAUGGAUGCUGCGGCUGGUGGUUUGCACUUGGUGCCUCCUUCUGGUCCAAGUCAAGAAAAGGACAUUAAACACAAGAAAGAAAGCAGGCUUGACAAUGAGGGGGAAAAUCAACCGAGUUUCAUAAAGGAAAGAUUAAAGUUUUUUGAAAUAUUGAAGAAAGACCAGCAGCUCUUACUUGCCUCUUACGGACAAAAGGGGAAUACCAGCAAGACGAUCACAGUAACAAUGGCUGACGGGAAGACAGUGGAAGGGGAAGUCUGGAAAACGACACCCUGUCAAGUGGCUGCUGGAAUCAGUCAAGAGCUGGCUGAAAGCACAGUAAUAGCCAAAGUAAACGGUGAACUGUGGGACUUGGACCGGCCAUUGGAGGGGGAUUGUACCCUGGAGCUGCUGACGUUUGACAACGAGGAAGCUCAAGCUGUGUACUGGCACUCCAGCGCGCACGUUUUGGGGGAGGCCAUGGAGCUCUACUAUGGCGGUCACCUGUGCUACGGCCCCCCCAUUGAAAAUGGAUUUUAUUAUGACAUGUUCAUGGAGGACAGAGCAGUGUCCAGCUCAGAGCUGUCAGCCCUGGAGAACAUGUGCCGGGCCAUCGUGAAGGAGAAGCAGCCUUUUGAGAGGCUGGAGGUCAGCAAGGACGCCCUCCUGGAAAUGUUUAAGUACAAUAAAUUUAAAUGCCGCAUCCUGAAUGAAAAGGUCAACACUCCGACCACCACAGUUUACAGGUGCGGCCCACUGAUUGACCUCUGCAAAGGGCCCCACGUGAGGCAUACUGGACAAAUUAAAGCCAUCAGAAUUUUCAAGAAUUCCUCCACGUACUGGGAAGGCCGUCCUGAGAUGGAGACACUGCAAAGGAUCUACGGGGUGUCCUUUCCUGACAGCAAGAUGAUGAAGACCUGGGAGAAGCUCCAAGAGGAAGCCAAGAACAGAGACCACCGGAAAAUCGGGAAGGAACAAGAACUUUUCUUUUUCCAUGAUCUGAGUCCUGGAAGCUGUUUUUUUCUUCCAAGAGGAGCCUUCAUUUAUAACACACUUAUGGAUUUCAUUCGAGAGGAAUAUCACCGACGUAACUUCACAGAAGUGCUCUCUCCCAACGUGUUCAACAGUAAGCUCUGGGAAGCCUCUGGCCACUGGGAACAUUACAGCGAGAACAUGUUCAGCUUUGAUGUUGAAAAGGACACUUUUGCCCUUAAACCCAUGAACUGCCCAGGGCACUGUCUAAUGUUUGCCCAUCGUCCACGAUCUUGGAGGGAAAUGCCCAUUAGAUUUGCUGAUUUUGGGGUUCUUCACAGAAACGAACUAUCGGGCACUUUGAGCGGCUUGACCCGAGUUAGGCGCUUCCAGCAGGAUGAUGCUCACAUCUUCUGCACAGUGGAGCAGAUUGAAGAAGAAAUGAAGGGGUGUUUGCAGUUUUUGCAAUCUGUUUACUCAACAUUCGGCUUCUCCUUUCAAUUAAAUUUGUCAACAAGGCCUGAGCAUUUCCUGGGAGAGGUUGAGAUAUGGGAUGAAGCUGAAAAGCAACUACAGAACAGCUUGAUGGAAUUUGGAAAACCAUGGAAGAUGAAUCCAGGUGAUGGAGCUUUUUAUGGCCCUAAAAUUGAUAUAAAAAUCAAGGAUGCUAUUGGCAGAGACCACCAGUGUGCUACAAUCCAGCUGGACUUCCAACUGCCUAUUAGAUUUAAUCUUACGUAUGUUAGUAAGGACGGGGAGGAUAAGAAGCGUCCUGUGAUCAUUCACCGAGCCAUCCUGGGAUCGGUGGAAAGAAUGAUGGCCAUUCUCUCAGAAAACUAUGGAGGGAAAUGGCCUUUCUGGCUGUCUCCUCGUCAGAUAAUGGUCAUCCCUGUGGGGCCAACUUGUGAAGAAUAUGCACUUCAGGUAUCCAGUGAAUUUUUUGAAGAAGGAUUCAUGGCCGAUGUUGAUUUAGAUCAUAGUUGUACUUUAAAUAAGAAAAUACGAAAUGCACAGCUGGCUCAGUAUAAUUUUAUCUUGGUGGUUGGGGAAAAGGAAAAGGCAAGUAGUGCUGUAAAUGUUCGAACCAGAGACAACAAAAUUCACGGAGAGAUUGCAGUAACUGCUGCUAUUGAUAAAUUGAAGAAUCUCAAGAUAUCGCGAACACUAAAUGCUGAGGAAGAUUUCUGAAGCCUUUCCCUGGACUUGUUUCUGUGUAACUGUUUUGACCCUUGAACGUGUUUUUCAUAACUAAUGUUAGUACUUUUAAGAACUUUGGCCCCUCUGGAGGGUCCACAGAUGGGGACAAGAAAGCAGAUACUGAACGAGUAGCUCAAAUAAUGGCCGGAGUUCAAACAGUGGGCAAAGUUUAAUUCACUGUGGCAGAGGACAGUAAGAGGAAAACUUGGGAGAUUCCUAAUUUUCCAAAUGCCUUGAGACUUAAAUGGGAAAUACCAGUAAAUGAGGAUUAUGAGAUGAUUUGCUAUGAACUGUGAUUCUCAAAAGAUAUACUUCAAAAAAGUCUGCAAAGCUUUUUAAGUUAGAGAGAAAAAAUCUUAUUUUCUAAUAACACUACGUCUCAGGUAUUUUUACGGCUGUUUUACUGAAGUUCACACUGAAACUCUAUCUCCAAAAUUAGAAUCACUGCUUUGUUUUAACCAACAGCCGCAAAAGAAGCUAGUACUUCUUUUGCUGGAUUACUAACAAAGGAUUCUAACCCUCACCGGAAUUCCGUGUUGUGGAAUCCACUGUUAUUUGCCCUGUUGUGUUGCUGUUGCUGUUUUCUGCUUUUAAAUGGCAAUGGAGCCUUGCUCAUCUUUAGAAAAAAAUAA